UGGGUCAGCGCGGGUCGGUCGGCAUCUCACUGUCACACGUUUUGUGACCCCGUGUCUUCAUCGGAAUGUCCAGCUGGGUCUGAGGAGUCCUGCUUCAGGAUCAUGGCUCUAAAGAUGAUCCAGAAGUUUCCGCUGCUCGGGCAGGUCGGGAUUCAACGUUAUGCUUUCGUUGGACCAGUCUGCACCAGCAGAAAAUCUCAGUCUGUGUGUGAAGUGUGCCUGUGUACCUCAGCUGGCGGAUCCAUCUGGAGGCAGGGCUGCAGGAGGCUGCGGUCGGACUGUGGGACGAGGAGCCUGACCACCAUUGCUAGGGAGCCGUCCUUUGUCGCCAGCAGCUCUGUGGGACUCCACAGAGACUCAGGCCCUCGGUUCCGUCUGACCCAGCUGCACCGACCCACAGCUGCAGAGGAGCAGGCUUUCCAGCAGCGUCUAGUGAACUGCUCCUCAUCCCAGCAGGUUUUCUCACUCCUGCGCACAGUGGAGAUCCUGUCUGACACUAUGGCUGCAGCAGCACUUCACCGUGUGGCCGACCUGGAGCAGGAUGGAAACUCUCUGAGGGAUCCCAAAGUGCUGGAGAAGGACACAAUCAGAGGUCUGUGCUACCAGCUGGAGCAGGACUCUGAGCGGCUGACAGAUGCUGGACUUGUAUCAGCCCUCCUGGCUUGCACUCGCCUCUUUUUGGAUCCUUGGAGCACGCUGAUGGUGCGGCUGGUGUCUGAGAGCCAGGAGAGGUUAGACAGAGGGCGGAUGAGUGUGGGGCAGCUGUGUACGCUGGGUCAGGCGAUGCUGGCUAUAGAAGGUCCCGGCUGCGUGAUGCUGGAGCAGGUGAUGGAGCAAAUCCGGAAAGAGGAGCCUGCCCAGUGGAGCCACGCAGAUCUCAUUUCUGCAUAUAGAUUCCUGCAGGGUGGUGUGAGUGAUGAUGGAAAAUGUCAGGACCUGCUGAACGCUAUGCACACCCACGCCGUGACAGUCACCUCCCGCAUGGAUCCUCCGUCAGUCAGCGGGGUGCUCGGCGCUCUCGUGAUCCUGAAGCAGACGCACGCCAUGCCUCUUGUGAUCAAUCUGUGUAAGCAGGCUGUGCGGCACAUACCUCACUUCACGGAUGAGGAGCUCACCGUCGUGCUCGGGGCCUUAAUGCACUUUGGUCACAGUGAUCAUUACUUCGUGCAGGCGAUGGAGAGGUAUGUGCCCACAAUGGCCUUCACCUCCCAACCAGAGACAGUAACCAAGGUGGCUCAGUUCUUUGGCCGGAGAAACAUCCUGUCCCCGAAGGUGUUUGAUGCCGUCGCAGAGAGCUUCGUGUACCGAGCAGAUGACUACAGCACCAGCCAGGUGGCCAGGCAGAUCAUGGCUCUCGGAAAGCUCGGCUAUCUUCCUCCCAACGCGGGCAACGUCUUCAGGAAAGUUGAAAACAUCCUGCACACACGGUUUUCACACUUCCAGCCCCGGACGCUGCUCAACCUGCUCCACGCCUGCACCCUGGUGGAGAGGUUCCCGGUUAAUUUUGUGUCCAAAGUUUUCAGCAGUUACUUCCUUCAGCAACUGCAACAGCAGGGCACAGGAAUGGACCGGAUCGUCCUGGCACAGCUGACCCAGCUCUACAUGACUCUGAAGCUGGAGUGUCCUUACUAUCAGGGUCCGAAGCUCCUCCCAAAGUACCGCGUCAAGUCUUUCCUCAUGUCUGGACGCUCCCUGGAGACGCCAGUGGACGCACAUCUAUACAACUCUGUGAAAACAGGACUGGUGGAUUUGCUCGGGGCUCGGACAUACUUUGGAUCCAAAGUUCUGACACCGUACUGCUACACACUCGAUGUGGAGAUAAAACUUGAUGAAGAUGGGUAUGUGCUACCUGCCAGUCAUAUUGAUGAAGUACACAAAAGGAUAGCUCUUUGUAUUGAUGGACAAAAGAGGUUCACUACAAACACCAGGCAGCUGCUGGGUAAAGAGGCCAUGAAGCAGCGACACCUGAGGCUUCUGGGAUAUGAAGUUGUUCAGAUUCCCUUCUAUGAAUAUGAAAAACUGCAAACCAAGGCCAGCGUGGUACAGUAUCUGCACCAAAAAAUCUUCCCUCACACUUACAGGCUGAGCUGGUGAUGAAUGUGCUAUCAGGGGCUUUGCUUUUGUUGAGCCUUUUGUUGCUUUAAGAACUUUUUAUUUAUUUUUUCAAAUAAAUGUAAAAAAAAAAAGGAAAAAAGAAACAAAAGUUCUUCAGUUAAUGGGUUUCACAUAUUUGACAUCGCAAUAAAGUGACUUUUGUAUAAAUAAUCGCUUUUGCAUAAAUAAUGAUUGUUGAACGACUUAAAUGUACUGUUUGAAAAAUAUAAUUUAUUUUGUUCUUGGCAACAUAUGCUGCAGAAACUGUACAAAGUUAAGAGAAUCCCAAUUCAAACAAUCACCUCAGGUAUAUAUAUAUCAUGAGCGCAGUAAAAGAAUGAUUAAAGACAUCUGAUUUGA